AAACCACGCCGCAAUGCAGAAAAUGACAACGAUUACGAGGCCGAUGAAGGGCGCCCAGCUAGUAGUACUGUUAGCUUUUGCGAUGGGGUAGAGGUGGGUGCUGGAUAUGGGUACCCGUUGGCCAUGGUAGAUAUCGGGGGACUGGAAGAUGUGGCUUCGCGAUGUACGGUAUUUAGAGAUCGUGUGGAGUAGUAGGGACGCGCAGUUGUAUGCCACCGUUUCAGCGUAUGGUGUUGCGAAGAUGUGUGUUUGGCGUAUAAAGGUGAGCUAUGCAUGGACUAUGACGCCUCUCACAGCUUUCGGAUUAAGGUUGAUCCUUGGCCCAUUGGUCGAUUUGGCACUAGUGAUUGCGCUAACCGCAUCGGUGCAUAUACGGGUCGUAAAGAUGGGGAAAGAUGGUCUUGUAUCUUAUCCCAACAUCACCCGUCUCUACUUCACUAAAACAGAAAUGUUGGAUUCCUGCUCCGCCUCCUUCUUGCUCGGUCAUAAUCACGCCAUUGGCACUCCUCACUGUGAUCUCGCUUGCUCUUGCCGCCUUGGGCUUUCGAAGAUCAGGAGCUGCACCUGAUAUCACAUCGUUCCUCGCCUCACUUUACGAACAUGAUCCUGAGACAUGUUCGGGGUCUGGUUGUGGGAUUGACGCCCUCUAUAGAUCACUGGGUUAACUGCGUAUGUCCUAGAACUGUCAUAUAAAGCUCCUUCCUCCUUCACCAUUUCUACCAGCUGGUUUCUUGGUCAACCAAAUCUUUCAUGACUACUGCUCUUUGC